AUGCCACGGCUGUCGCAUGCAGCCACACCGAGCAGGCGACGCCUCUUCCACACGAGCUCCUUGCUCCAACGCAGCUCUCCAGAAGACGAGGAUGUCAAUCCAUGGGCCGAGCUUGACGAGUCCGUCGAGGGCUGGAGCGAAAAGGCCACGCGCGCCUCGCCUGCCUCGCCUGCAUCGCCCUCGUCCUCCCCUGAUAGCGCCAACGCCAUUUCGUCCUCGGUGGAUGGCCAAGACCUCAGCGCUGAGGAGCGGAUGCUACUUCAAGCCUUCACCUCGAAGCUCGAUCGCCUCAGUGGCGAUCAGCCUCCCACAAAGGCAGCGCAGGCCAUGAAUUCGACGUCUUAUUCGCCGACACCCCGCAUUCAUCAUCCUCCGCCGGCCGCGCAGCAGCAACGCUAUUCUGAGGCAAUGACAGAGGCGUCCGCCUCGCAGCCUCGCCUAACCCACCUCGACCCCACAACCUCACAGCCACGCAUGGUUGACGUGUCCUCCAAGCCCUCAACGAAUCGCACAGCCACGGCGAUGGGCAAAGUCUUCCUCCCUCUUCACGUCCUGCCCCUCCUAGACGGCGCCAGCAGCUCUGACGGCGAGAUCGCCUCACCAGCAGGCAAAGGCCCCGUCUUCAGUACCGCUCGCCUCUCGGGCAUCCUGGCAGCAAAGCGCACAGCCGAAUUGAUUCCCCUCUGCCACACUGUCCCCCUCGAUAAUGUUGACUUGUCCUUCUCGCUCGUCCUUCCACCUGGGUACGAUUUCGACCCUGAGGAGCUACCACCUCGCCCUCAUGUGCUGAUUGAGGCGACGUGCAGCACGCGUGGACCGACAGGAGUGGAGAUGGAGGCUCUCACGGCGGUGAGCGUUGCGGCUUGUACGGCGUGGGAUAUGUUGAAGAGCGUGGCGGGGAGGGAGAUGGAAGUUGGCGAGAUCGCGGUGGUGAGGAAGAGUGGCGGAAAGAGUGGAGACUGGGUUCGCGAUGUGUAG